GAGCAGAAGUCAGCUUAGUCCAAACCUGUCGCUUGAUGUCCAUAGGUAGCUUGGGAACCAUAAAAUUAGCAAGGAACACAUAAAAAUGAAGUUUUUUUUAUUGCUCGUGAUUUGUGGCGCUCUUCAGGUCAACAGCUACACGACCAGAAAUCCGAUAUGUAAACUACCUCAUUCAUUCAACAUCGAUGUUUAUACUUCCUGUUUGAGUAGUGUUCGCCGCUGGACCUACAAUUCUGCGAUCAAUAAGUGCAUCAAGUUCACCUAUUUGGGCUGCGAGGGGAAUGCUAACAAUUUCCCGGACAGUUUAACGUGCAAACGAACGUGUGUUCGAAAGUAGUUAAAAAUUCCUAUUGAUGAUCGCAUUUGUUGUAUCGAUGCAAAAAGGCAGAAUAAAAGACAAUGUUGUUAAGAAUUUGAGGGUUAUUUCUGAAGUAUAUAUAUAUAUACAUA